UUUUUAUCCAUUCAGAUGCUGCUGUCUUGGACAAUUGGCUUUCUCCUCCUGGCCACAGUCAGAGGGGGAGAGAUCUGCUACGAACCUUUUGGCUGCUUUUCUAAUGAGAAACCAUGGGGGGGAACCACUCAGCGACCUCUCAAGUUAUUUCCCUGGGCCCCUGAGGACAUUGACACCCGCUUCCUUCUGUACACAAAUGAAAAUCCAGACAACUUCCAAGUAAUCGAUGCCGCCGACCCAGAUACCAUCAAGGCUUCAAACUUCCGACUGGACCGCAAGACACGCUUCAUCAUCCACGGCUUCACAGACAACGGGGAGGACAGCUGGCUGUCAGACAUAUGCCAGAAUAUGUUUAAAGUGGAGAAGGUGAACUGCAUUUGUGUCGACUGGAAACUCGGGGCCCGCACAACAUAUUCCCAAGCCGUGCAGAACGUUCGGGUCGUGGGGGCGGAGAUCGCUUACUUCACACAAAUUCUAUCGACCGAGCUGGGGUACAGCCCCGAAGACGUGCACCUCAUCGGCCACAGUCUGGGCGCGCACGUGGCCGGGGAGGCAGGCAGGAGGCUGGAGGGCCACGUGGGCAGGAUCACAGGGCUGGAUCCAGCAGAGCCAUGUUUCCAGGACACGCCCGAGGAGGUUCGGCUGGACCCAUCCGAUGCAGUGUUUGUGGAUGUGAUUCACACGGAUGCUGCUCCCCUCAUCCCUUCCCUAGGUUUUGGAAUGAGCCAAAAGGUGGGCCACCUGGAUUUCUUUCCAAAUGGAGGAGAGGAAAUGCCUGGAUGUCAGAAAAAUAUCCUUUCAACCAUCAUUGAUUUAAAUGGAAUAUGGGAAGGGACCACAAACUUUAUAGCUUGCAAUCACCUGCGAAGCUUCAAGUAUUAUUCAAGCAGUAUCCUCAACCCCGAUGGCUUUCUGGGCUACCCCUGUGCCUCCUAUGAUGAGUUUCAGGAGAAUGGCUGUUUCCCUUGUCCAACUGAAGGAUGCCCCAAAAUGGGACACUAUGCUGACCAAUUUAAGGGGAAUACCAAUGCUGUGGGACAAACAUUUUUCCUGAACACAGGAGAUAGUGGUAACUUUACUCGCUGGAGAUAUAGGGUAUCAGUCACACUGUCUGGAGAAAAGAAACUGAGCGGGUACAUCAGGAUUGCUUUGUAUGGGAGUAAUGGAAACUCAGAACAAUAUGAGAUUUUCAAAGGAUCUCUUGAACCAGAUGCAAGUCACAUACGUGACAUUGAUGUGGAUCUCAAUGUUGGAGAAAUCCAGAAGGUUAAGUUCCUCUGGGACAACCAUGUGAUAAAUCUCUUUUCACCCAAACUGGGGGCUUCCCAGAUCACAGUGCAAAGUGGUGAAAAUGGGACUGAGUACAAUUUUUGUAGCAGCGACACUGUUGAAGAAGAUGUUUUGCAAACUCUUUACCCUUGUUAA